UAUAUAUAUAUAUAUAUAUAUAUAUAUAUUCUGUUAAGUCACAAUAGACCAUAAAGUUACCAAGUAUCGAACACUGGGCCCACAGGCAAGUGGGUCAGCCAUACAACUGCUAAUGCUAAGCAGCUAACAAAUGACAGCGCCCUUCGAUCCCAUUUAAAUCCACGCCAUACCCUUAUUUCCGACGCCAAAUCAAACCACUAAUGGUGUUUUUCUUGCGUAUGUUCUAGAAAACCGACGUGUGAGAGUCGAUCCCAGCGACAAUUCGGGGCAGCGAAGCCUGCUGGAUCAGGCUUUAAUAUCAUCCCAUUAAUAGCAGCGUUAGCUCGAUACAUUCAGCCCAUCUGCACAUACAUUCGAGUAAUAAACGCGAUCCAUCCAGGCUUGUUUUGAUCGUUCCUGCCUCCUGGUUCGGAUCACAAGAAUUUCUCCGAUCUCUCGCAGCAAGUGCACCUCUGUUGGACCGCUAUCUAACGGUUCCGCUGCCACAGCUAGGCCGGAGCAUGCAACGCCUGGAUUUAUUGCAUUAAAUUCGCUCGGUGUAGCAGCAAAUCAGAUGGAACUAUUAACGAACAAACUGUCAUGGUUUCAGCGCGACCAUAUUCGAUUGUGCUUGGUUGAUAAAGGGCAGAUGCAAUCCGGCCCGCCCAGGCUGCAGAGCCUGUCAGAACAAAGUGUCAUGGAAUCCCAGCGUCGGUUAGCUCACGGCUAAAGGCUGCCUAGAAUCCGCAGCGGAUUCUGAACGCCACUGCUCAAACAGCACCCAACACCUGCCACUGACGAAUGACUAACGCCUUUAUCGUGCUUUUUUAAUAACGCAGCGGUGACGAGACUUACAAUAUUGGCGACUUUGAGUCCUGCUUUUAUGCUCUCUGGUGCAGCCUCCGUCCUCCGUCUGGCUCAGCGUAUCUCACAGGGUAGUACCACUUCCGUUACACUGGCACUUGCAGUUCCUCUCACAUCUGCCUUACGUAAUGCUCACACAUAAAACACCACGAUGAAAAUGCUUUCAUGGACAGAAGAUGGUGAAGGAUUGUUUAAAUGGCGUUCUACACCAGGUAUAAAUCACCGCACGUCAGGCUGCAGGUGCAUGAGCCUCUAUUGUUGAUGAAUCAUUAUCAUGCAGUUACAUAUCUUCUGGUAAUGAUUCUCUCAAUGAGCUUGGAGCUUGUCCCAGCUACAUCAGGUGAGAGGCAGAGGAGAUCCUGGACUCGUUGCUUCUCCAUAUAUAUAUAUAUAUAUAUAUAUAGUGUAUUGUCUCAUACAUAUAUCUCAUAUAUAUCAAAUGUUGCUUUAUUUUCUCAUGUUUUUUCAUAGUCAUUUCAAGUCCAAUCUGUGCAUGGCUUUUUAAAAAAUAAUUUCUCAACUCUUGCACUGCUCUAUUUAUCAAAAUGUUAUUUUUGUAAUGACAGCACUGUCAUUACUGGGAUACUUCAACAAUGUGAGGCCAAACAGAAGGUUAAAAAAAAAAAACACACACAACAGCUUUGUGCUAACCCUAACUUAAAUAUAUAUAUUUUUGCUCCAACAAAGUAGAUUUGUCAUAAAUUUAUUGUUCUACAUUAUGAUAAAAUAAUUAAUAUUUGUAUUCAAUAACAUUAAACAACUCAUAAAGGUAACCAUUUUGUCACCAGUAGAGAUGUUCAAAAUACAUUUUUGUUCAGAUUAAUUUACUUUUCAUUUUAAGCGUUUGACCUCGUUUAAGAAACAAGGUCAAAGGUCAAGGCCACACGCAUUUAUAGGUCAAGCAGGGAUUGAGUGUUUUGCGCAUGGACACGUUAGCCCCUAAGGUGCUUACGAACACUGGAGCUCUGACAGUGAGACACUUUUCUGUCUUUAAGUAACAGCUCAACAAGCCUCAGUGGCAUGUUGCAUUAAACAUGAAAAACUAUAUUUAGUACAAAAUCAAUCAAUGAACAAACUAAUAUUUGUUUGCAGAACUGUACAGUGAUUCCUGUACUAGUUAUAUUUUACAAAAAAUUCUUAAAUUAGGUAAAGCAGCUUUAAUGUAACACAACAAUGUGUCUUGUGUGAUGUGAGGUAGAGCAUGAGUUGUGUGGCCUAGCAGGGAAUCAAAAUUUGGAUGUUGAUGAGGUCCUGCAGAAAAUAAGGAUAGCAGUGUUUUGGUGUGUGACAGUUGCAGCAGAGGACAUGGUGUGAUAGACUGGGUGUGAAAUCACUCUAGUGGGCGGGGGUAUGAAUGAGAAAGCUGUUUCCCAUUAGUGCUUCCAUCUCUUGUAAACACUGAGAGGCUGCUGGUUGCUGAUUCUGGCCGGCUCUCUUCAGAUAUCCUGUCUUUCGUCUUGUUUUCAUGUCCCCACAAUGUUUUUGGCAUGAUUUUCAGCCUCCCCAGAGGAACGUUCACUUAUAUUACAAAGAGCAAAACAAUUUCUGAACAACGUGCAGCAGUUUGCUGGAAAUAAAUGUAAAAAAAUGUGGGGCUGUAACAGGAGAGAAGCAAAGUCAAAAAACAGAGUAGUGAGUUGGAGUUUCCUUUUCUGACUUGGCAGAUAUAAUGCAGCUUAAUAACAGAAAAAAAGGGGUGGAAAAUUUCUGGGGUCAUUUGUACCUCAGAUGGGAGCCUUGCGGACCAUUCAGUCGUCACACCAGCCACUGAGAAGAUGGAGUCGUUCACCACUUUGAUUUUCAUUUCUACAAUAACCCCCUGGAUGCUUGCCACCGUGGGACACGGGGAAUUUAUGGAGGCAAGGAAGCCGAAGAAAGGGAUGAUAAACAUCUCCAAUGACGAGACCCCUCCUGACAUGGUUAUCGAUCAAGUCGCGGCACCUCCAGCUAAAGAGCUCCCGACCUGUCUGCUGUGUGUGUGCCUGAGUGGAUCUGUUUACUGCGAGGAGGUGUCACCUGAGAUGUCGACUGUCCCCGCCCUGCCGAAGGAAACGACGUACCUCUACGCCCGAUUCAACUCAAUCAGGAAAAUCAGAAACAGAGACUUUGCAGACGCCACCACUUUAAAAGUCAUCGACCUCACUCGGAAUCUCAUCAGUGAAAUUGAAGAUGGCGCGUUCUCCAAACUCACCAAUCUUGAGGAGCUCCUGCUCUCAGACAAUCAGCUGACCAAGCUCCCGACACUUCCCACCAAACUGUCCACGUUCAACGCCAACUUCAACAGGCUCACCACCCAGGGUGUGAAGUCCAAUGCCUUUAAGAAACUCACCAGACUGGCUCAUCUUUACCUUGGAGACAACGAGCUGAAGGCCGUGCCUCUUCUGCCAGAGUCUCUUCGGGCGGUUCAUCUUCAAAACAACAAGAUUACCACCAUAACAGAUGAGACCUUCUGUAGAGGUAACAACAGCCACUACAUCAGGACCAACUUGUACGAGGUCAGGCUGGAUGGGAAUCCCCUCCAGCUGUCCAAGUACCCCAACAGCUUCAUUUGCUUACAGACUCUACCAGUCGGAUGGUACUAACACAAUGUCAUAACAAAAAACACAUUACUGUCAAGUAUUUACAAUUUAAUAUUAUAAACAUAUACUGUUGUACAGAGAGGCGGUAGUCUGCAUGCAGUCUUCAUUAGACAAGUGUAACCUUCUUGACUCAGCCAUAGAGUUCAUUGUGUAGUGACUGUCCAUGUUCUUCAUCACCUCAAACACAUGUUACAAUGAGGGCAAUACCAACAAUAAAACUGUAUGUGUGAAAUGAUGUUCUCUCCUUGAUUCAAGAAGCAGUUUGUUCCGAACAGACCCCCUCAGCGUGUGAGGUCCAACCAGAGGCCAUUCACUUCUCAGGAACAUUCAAAUCCUCUUCUAUUCUCCUCGCGUACUGUCGCUCUGAUUGUUUUCGUCUGUAGACAUCA